CAAACAUGUGAAAACGUAUGCUUAAUUCACAUCCAUCAGCGCGUUUGUGUGAACGCCUUCUCCUUCAGGCUUUAUUGACUCUUUCGGGCUUCUGUAGGUGUGUCCGGAAAAAGCACAACUUAGCAUAACGUUAGCCCAGCUUUCUGAGAUGUCCUAUUAUGGUCAUGAAGUGGGAAAAAAAAUGACAGCUUGUGCCGACUACCACUCAGUCUUCGACUUGUGCCCAAAUGAUGAUGCCUUCAUCGGGCUGAGGGAAGUGAACCCCGUCCUGAAGCAGACUGCAAACCCUGACCCAGCCUCGUACGAGUUGGAAGACAAAUCACCAGAGGAUGUCAGACAGCGGGAGUCCAGCCUGGUUAGAGAGGUGUCAGAUAAGAUGGUCUGCUCAGCCUGCAGGUUCUCCUUCAGUAAUCGCGAAGAGCAGAUGGAGCACUACAAGCUCGACUGGCACCGGUUCAACUUGAGACUAAAGAUGUCAGGGAUGCCACCGGUCACAGCCGAGGAGUUUGAGAAGAAGACUGGAGCUGGAGACAUGUCAAGUAUCUCAGGCUCAGAGUCAGAUUCAGAGGAAGAAGACUCUGAUAGUGAUGGUGGGGGGAGAAGCAGCAACGUCAACAGCGCAGAUAAUGAGAGCUCAGUUGAAAGCAGUUUAAUUACCGGCCGGCCUUCCAUCAAGGUCAUUUUCCAGAACUCAGCAGGACAAUAUCUAUCAGUGUACCGCUGCAUUCUGCAGGGCAAGUCUGAUGAAGAGCAAGAUGCGAGAUCGUCCCUGAAGGCCAUAAGUAAGAAGACUGUGUGGGUGAUUCUCAUGACAGGUGGAGGACACUUUGCUGGUGCCAUAUUUCGAGGAAGAGAAGUCCUUCAGCACAAGACUUUCCAUCGAUACACCGUGCGGGCGAAGCGAGGCACUGCUCAAGGACUCAGAGACUCUCAGAACCGUAGUCACAUGCCCAAGUCUGCAGGAGCUGCUUUGAGGCGGCACAAUGAGGCAGCCCUAGUCAAGGACAUUCAGGAUCUCCUGGUAAGCUGGGCUGAACACUUGAAGGAAGCCUGUGCAAUAUUUGUACGAGCCCCCAGCUACAAUAAAACCAUCUUUUUUGGUGGCCGUGAAGCUCCACUUCACAAAAAAGAUCCCAGGAUCCGCACGCUUCCCUUUGCCACACGUAGAGCAACCUUUCGAGAGACACAGAGGGUGCACGAGGUGCUUUCCACCAUCCAUGUUUAUGGGAAAGACACUGACAUGUCUGCACUCUUCAGUUCAUCUAAGAAGGUCUGGAAGAAAACUGUUAAACAUGCAGCACAAGUAACAACAGAUCAAGAGAAAGCAGAAGAAAGUCAUGAUAGCUCAGAUAAAGAAGAGGGAGGAGACAUCCAACUGGACAUGGUGGAGCUGACAUUAGGAACUCUGGACCUCAGGGAGUCUGAAAUCUACCCCUCCAGACACAGGAGAAGAAGGAGGAGAAAGAAGGAGGAAACCAAAUUACAAAGCGAGGAAUUGAGUAACACAGAAGCAGACAAUCAGGAAGAGGAUGUGCCAGAGGCUACACAAGCAGCAGACACCCCUCAGGAGACACAAUCAAAGAGGAGGAAGAGGAAAGCACAGAGUAAGAAACAACUGGAAGAAGUUGUUGAUGAGUCAUGGGAGUACAGUCUGAGGGAUGCCCUGUUUACAGCCUGCAAGGUUGGGGAUGUGGACACUCUAGGCAGACUCCUCCAGCUGCCUGGAGAGACAGCAGAGAGCCAAGAGCGGUCAGAGAGCAACCCCUCCAAUGUCCUGAGUCCUUUGCCUCUACUCAAUAAGCCCAUAGACUCGUCAGGUUUCACUUUGCUGCAUGUUGCCUCAGCAGCUGCACAAAAGGCAGCGGUCAGGCUGCUCCUGGACACAGGAGCAGACCCAGCCUGCAGGGAUAAGAAAGGGCAGACCCCUUAUGUUGUUGCCCCAGACAAAGACACGAGGAAUGUCUUUCGUAAAUAUAUGGGUGAGAAUCCUGACAAAUAUGACUACAGAAAGGCGCAGGUCCCUGGGCCACUAACAGCAGAGAUUGAAUCCAAACAACUGGAGAAGAAAAAGGCCCAAAAGGCUUUGAGGAAACAGCGAGAAAAAGAACAGAAGGAGGAAAAGAGGAAACAAGAGCUGGAAGCAGAGGAAAAGAAGAGGUUUGCAUCUCUGACUGACCGCGAAAAGAGAGCUCUGGCAGCAGAGAGGAGGUUAGCUGAGCAAGCGGCUUCAACAGGAAUCAGCCUCUCUAAUGCCAAGAGGUGCUGGUUUUGUGGAGAGUCUCUGCUCGGGAAGAUCCCAUUUCAGUACCUGGACUAUUCGUUCUGCACUCCCCGCUGUGUCCAAGCACAUCGAAAAGCCAACACUCUUCCAGGCAAGACGUAAAAAAACAUCUUCCACAGAAGCUACCUCAGUAAAACUAAAAGCCUUGAUAAAACUCUGGUAAUGGAUGUGUGUUGUCACUGUUUACCCCAGAAUUUUCCCUUUGGGGGAAAAGAAUGAUCCCAUUUUAAAUUCUACACAUGCACUUCAAAUGUAAUUUUACCAUGACAGACAACUGAACUGGAAUCAUGUACUGUUUUAAAACAUAAUGUAAUAAAUGGUUACUUAUUCACAAAAUAUACAGUAACAAAAAUUAAGUGCAAUAAAAACCGGUAAUAAUGUUUA